GAACAAAACAUUCAUUCUCCAAGUCAGACAAACCCCCUGAUCCUAAAUUUAAAAAGUUUAAUGACUUGUUGUCUAAGGCAGAUGAGCCACUGUAUGAAGGAUGUGAAAAAUAUUCUACUUUGGCGGCAGUGUCAAGAUUAUUAAAUAUUAAGUCAGAAGAAACUUGGGUAGGAUAUAAUGAAAAAUAUGGUACAGAAGAUUCUGUUGGUGGUAGCACGGGGGACGUAUCGAAGUCAUAUGCAAGAUGGGUUGAACAUGUUGGAAUAAAGAAUGGGAGAGUUUAUGGUGAGGGUUCCGGGGUUGAUGAGCUUAGUCUUCGGGGAAACAACAUGGAUGAGCAUUCUGUUACUUCUUCAAAUAAAUCAACUCAUUUUGAAUCAAUGCUCGAGCUGCAACAAACACAACUAGUACUUCUAGAAAAGGAGCAGAAUCGACUAAGAUCCACACAAGAUGAACAAACUACAAAGCUGGAUGAGGUUCUUGAUUAUCAAUCGUCAUUUGAGGACAACAUAAGAAACAGAAUGAGUGAAGAAGUUCGACAACUUGUAUCCCAAGAAAUUGGAAAGGUCGCCCUUGAGGUAAGAAAGGCUGUUGCUCAAGAAGUUGGGAAGAGUGUUGCUCAGGAAAUUGGAAAGGCGCAACGUCAAAUUCUGGAAGCAAUUCAACGUCGAUAGUAAGAUGUGGGAGGGAGGCUAGGCUAUUUGGUGUCGUGGCUGGAUAAGAAGUUGUGAAGACUAUUAUUCAAGACAUUCAAGACUAUUAUUCAAGACUAUCAUUCAUACCAACAUACAUUAGUUAAUUUCUGAAUUUUAUUAUCAGUAGUGAUAAAUUUGAAGGUUUGAACCUUCCAAGAUUAUUAUUAGUUGGGUAAAAGGUUACCCCGAUGAUUCUAUUAUAAACAAACCAUAAGUACAAGUAAUGUAACAGAAUGUUACAUUAGUUAAUGUGAAUGACAUGCCAAACACAUUUAGAAAA